CUCUGCUGCUUCUCUUCAUUUUUCCACCCCAACAUGUUGGCAGGGGGAGAAAGAGGAGGAUGCUGCGCUCCAGCCUCAGUGCGUUCUUGCCACCUCUCCGGCCAGCGCGCACUGCCUCUGACUCAGACUCAGCCUCAGCCUCGGCUUUCAGUUGCCUCCGCCUGAAGGACUUAAAAGAGGAGGUGGAGGAGGAGGCAAAGAACAAACUGGAGCCCAGGAGCUCUCACUCCAGGGUCCCCAACAGGAACAACAACAGCAGGAGAAUACAACAAAACAACUGCUCCUCAUCUGUGGUGGAAACUACCCAUCCCUCAGCAGUGGCCACCUCCACCUCCUCCUCAGGCUUCCCUCCCUCUUUUUCCCUCCUCUCAGUUCCAAGAUCCAUGUGGCAAGAGGCAAUAAGAAGAAAGCGCUACCUCCUUGACCGGGCAGGAGUGUCUGGUGAAGUGGAUAAAGGGGGAGGAAGAGGAGGUGGCCAGGAGAGGAGGAACAGGUCUCCAGACUGGCUGUAUGAGUCCUACUACUGCAUGAGCCAGCAGCAUCCCCUGAUUGUGUUCCUGCUGCUCAUAGUGAUGGGAGCCUGUCUGGCUCUGCUGACUGUGUUCUUUGCUUCAGGACUGAACGUGGCGGACCACGUGGCCUUUGUAAUCACUGUGCCCACGGCACUGGCUAUAUUCCUGGCUGUGUUCGUGCUCGUCUGCAUCGAGUCCAUCUUCAAGAAGCUUUUACGUGUUUUCUCCUUGGUCAUCUGGGCUUGCUUGGUUGCCAUGGGUUACCUUUUUAUGUUCUUUGGCGGGAUCGUGUGUCCAUGGGAUCAGGUGUCAUUUUUCCUGUUUAUUGUGUUUGUGGUUUACACCAUGCUGCCAUUCUCCAUGCGGGACGCCAUCAUUGCCAGUGUUGUGACCUCCGCCUCUCACACCGUCGUGCUAAGCGUCUCCUUAUCCACCACAGACGACCACAUGGAGCCUAUAGUGUGGCAGAUUUUGGCCAAUGUUAUCAUUUUCAUGUGUGGCAACAUGGCCGGAGCGUACCACAAGCACCUGAUGGAGCUGGCGCUCAAACAGACUUACGAGGACACCUGCAACUGCAUCAAGUCCCCGAUUAAGCUGGAGUUUGAGAAGAGGCAGCAGGAGCGUCUCCUGCUGUCGUUGCUGCCGGCUCACAUCGCCCGUGUCAUGAAAGCUGAAAUCAUUCAGAGACUGAAGGGUCCAAACUUUGGCCAGAUUGAAAACACAAACAACUUCCACAAUCUUUAUGUCCAGAGACACACCAAUGUCAGCAUACUUUAUGCUGAUAUAGUUGGAUUCACACGGCUGGCCAGUGAUUGCUCACCUGGAGAGCUGGUGCACAUGCUGAAUGAGCUCUUUGGAAAAUUCGAUCAAAUUGCUAAGGAAAAUGAAUGUAUGCGGAUUAAGAUUCUUGGUGACUGCUACUACUGUGUGUCUGGACUGCCUGAGUCGCUACCGAAUCAUGCAAAAAAUUGUGUGAAAAUGGGUUUGGACAUGUGUGAGGCCAUUGAGAAGGUACGGCUCGCCACCGGGGUUGACAUCAACAUGCGCGUCGGCGUCCAUUCUGGGAACGUCCUGUGUGGCGUCAUCGGACUUCAGAAGUGGCAGUAUGACGUGUGGUCACAUGACGUCACGCUGGCCAAUCACAUGGAAGCAGGAGGCGUACCGGGGCGAGUCCACAUCACAUCUGUGACACUGGAGCAUCUGAACGGCGCCUAUAAGGUGGAAGAUGGCGACGGGCAAGAAAGAGACCCCUACCUGAAGGAGCAUGAAGUCGUCACCUAUCUGGUCAUUAACCCGAAGGUCGAGCGCCGGAGCCCUCAGCCUCAUUAUCGACCCAGACACACUCUGUACGGAGCGAAGAUGAGAGCUUCAGUCAGGAUGACGCGCUACUUGGAGUCGUGGGGAGCCGCCAAGCCCUUCGCCAACCUGCACCACAGAGACAGCAUGACUAACGAGAACGGGAAGAUCAACACUGCAGACGUGCCGAUGGGGCAGUAUCACUUCCAGAGGAGAUCAGAGAGGACAAAAUCUCAGAAGAAGAGAUUUGAGGAAGAACUUAAUGAGAGGAUGAUCAGGACCUUUGAUGGGAUCAAUUCACAAAAACAGUGGCUCAAGUCUGAGGACAUCCAGAGAAUAUCGCUCUUCUUUCACAACAAAUCCUUAGAGAAGGAGUACAGAGCAACAACCUUGCCGGCCUUCAAGUACUACAUCACCUGCGCCUGCCUGAUAUUUUUCUGCAUCUUUAUCGUGCAGAUCCUUGUGCUGCCAAAGACAGCUGUCUUGGGCAUUUCCUUCGGAAUGGCUUUUCUCAUCCUGUCUUUGAUCCUCUUCAUAUGUUUCAUCGGACACUUCCUGCACUGCAGUAAAAGCACCUCUGCUUCUUGGAUGUGGCUGCUGAGGUCAUCUGUCAUUAUUGCCAACAAGCCGUGGCCCCGCAUCACUCUCACCAUGACAACCACGGCGCUAAUACUCAUAAUGGCAGUCUUCAACAUGUUCUUCUUGGAAGACGGCGUGCUGCCUCCGGUUCCUCUUCACAAUUCAUCAAAUGAAACGCUGUUUUACUCUAACAGCAUUACCGGAGAAAACAAUUUCUACCUUCCAUAUUUAAUUUACAGUUGCAUCCUGGGCCUGAUUUCUUGCUCGGUGUUUCUGAGGAUAAACUACGAGCUGAAGAUGAUGAUCAUGCUGGCAGCUUUGGUGGUCUACAACGUCAUCAUCCUGCAGACCCACGCCUCUCUGCUGGACGAGUAUAGCAGGUUUCUGUACAAGACCGAAAUCCUGGACAGACCAGGAGUUCUCAAAGACCUGAAGACUAUGGGCUCUAUCUCCCUCUUUAUCUUCUUUAUCACCCUUCUUGUGCUUGCCAGACAGAAUGAAUAUUACUGUAGGUUAGACUUUCUCUGGAAGAACAAGUUCAAGAAGGAGUGCGAGGAGAUUGAGACCAUGGAGAACCUCAACCGGGUCCUGCUGGAGAACGUCCUGCCCGCACACGUCGCAGAGCACUUCCUGGCACGCAACUGGAAAAACGAGGAUCUCUACCACCAGUCGUAUGACCUGGUUUGUGUCAUGUUUGCCUCCAUCCCGGACUUUAAAGAGUUCUACACCGAGUCUGACGUGAACAAGGAAGGGUUGGAGUGCCUCAGGCUCCUCAAUGAAAUCAUCGCUGACUUCGAUGAGUUGCUUUCCAAACCUAAAUUCAGCGGCGUGGAAAAGAUUAAGACUAUUGGAAGCACUUACAUGGCAGCCACGGGGCUCAACGCAUCACCUGGGCCUGAGUACACAUCACAGGAACAUGACAGACAGUACAUGCACAUCGGCACUAUGGUGGAGUUCGCGUUCGCCUUGGUGGGAAAGCUGGACGUCAUCAACAAACACUCAUUCAAUGACUUCAAACUCAGAGUCGGUAUUAAUCACGGUCCAGUGAUAGCUGGAGUCAUCGGGGCCCAGAAACCACAGUAUGAUAUCUGGGGAAAUACAGUGAAUGUGGCCAGCAGAAUGGACAGCACUGGAGUCCUGGGCAAAAUACAGGUGACAGAGGAGACGAGUCGGAUCCUUCUGACCCUGGGCUACAUGUGCUCCUGCAGAGGCAUCAUCAACGUCAAAGGCAAAGGAGAGCUCAAGACCUUCUUUGUGCAUACAGAAAUGACUCGCUCGCUGUCCCAGGGGAAUGUAAUGCCGUAAAAACGGUUCAGAGUACUCUGAAUUCAUACUGGCACAAAAAGCAGACUUUUAUCUCAGACGGACGAGGUUUGAUCUUCUCACUCUGGGUUCAACAGAAACCAAGAACGAGGCAUGAAGAAUUCCAAUUUCCGCUGGAAGGAGGAGAGAAAUCUGAGUUUACUGUUGCAUUGCAGGCGACCUUUGCCACAGCUGUAGUAUACGAUUUGUCACUUAUGUAUGUAAGUGUAGCAUGUACAGCAGAUAGGCGGCAACAACCCCCCUCCCC